GUGAAUGAGCGGUGCUCGCUUGAUGAUGCUUCAGAGAUGCGGGGAUGAUUACAGACAUUUGUCAGCCUACACAAUUAUAGACACCAUAUAAUUCGUCACCCACCCUAGGCUACGUACUGUAUUCAGGAGAAGGAAGAAGAGUAGACUAGGGACUCUACUUCAUACUCAUAUCAGAGAGAGAGAAGAGCACCACCACCAUGUCAUCUUCCUUCUCAGACACACUCCAGUUCCGUUUCUCCAGCCCCGUCCACGAUGACUCCAUCCUGCAAAAGAUGAGCCUGCUGAGAGAGGACCGACGCUUCUGUGACGUCACCCUCGUCCUCGGAUCAGGGUCGUUCCGCUUCCCGGGUCACCGGGUGGUUCUGGCGGCCUCCUCUGCUUUCCUCCGGGACCAGUUCCUGCUGCACGAGGGGAGCCGGGAGCUGCUGGUGACCGUGGUGCCCAGUGCGGAGGUGGGCCGUCGGCUGCUCCUGUCCUGUUACACAGGCCACCUGGAGGUCCCUCUGAGGGAGCUGGUCAGCUAUCUGACGGCAGCGAGCGCACUGCAGAUGAGCCACGUGGUGGAGAGGUGUGCCCAGGCCGUCUCUCAGUACCUGGACCCCACCCUGGCCCACCUGAAGCUGGAGAGGAGCCCAGAGACUGAGGGGACCCCUCCACCACCACCAGACAGCGUUAAACACCAACCCAGCUCAGCAUGUCUGGACGAGGGGGAGAUGGAGGGGGAGACCCAGGAGGACCCAGAGGACAGGGACCACAGCCUGACCUCAGAAGACACUCUGGACAGUGUCCACAUGGUACACACUAACAGCACGUACCCUUACAGCCCGUACCCUUACCCGACGGGCGCCCACAGACGCAAGCAGCGCCCACCCACGCCAUGCAGAGAGUAUAGGAAGAGGACCUUCCCCCCAGCAGGAAGUCCUGACCACAGCAGUUCAGGAUUGGCUGACAGCUCCCAGGACCAGGAAGUGGGCGGGGACUCUGGAGAGGACAUAUACAUGCUUGCUGCUCGUCAUAUGCAGGGGGUUGGGGGCGGGUCUCCCGAGACCUCCUUCAGAGUUCUGACGGGGGCAGAGUUUUCAGGACGGGGGCAGGAGAUGCUCCUCCAGAGACCCUACCUGUGCAGGAAGUGUGACCGAGGGUUCCACCACCUGGACAGCUACGUGGGACACCUAAAGGAACACAGGCUCUACCCGUGUCUUCUCUGUGGGAAGAGCUUCAGCCAGAAAAGCAACCUGACCCGACACAUCAGGGUUCACACAGGGGUCAAGCCUUUCCAGUGCCCGCUUUGCCACAAGACCUUUUCCCAGAAGGCCACGCUGCAAGACCACCUUAACCUCCACACAGGGGACAAGCCACACAAGUGCAACUACUGCGCCAUCCAUUUCGCACACAAACCAGGCCUCCGGCGCCACCUCAAGGACAUCCAUGGCAAGAGCAGCCUUCAGAACAUGUUUGAGGAGGUGGUGUGAGCCUGGCAGCUGCUGGACUUCUGCAGCAAGAGACUUCUGAGUUAAGCAUACCAGUGCCUAAAUUAAAACUACAAAGAAUUAGAACUACAAAGAAUUAGAACUACAAAGAAUUAAAACUACAGAGAAUUAGAACUACAAAGAAUUAAACCUACAGAGAAUUAGAACUACAAAGAAUUAAAACUGCAAAGAAUUUGAACUACAAAGAAGUAAAACUACAGAGAAUUAGAACUACAAAUAAUUAGAACUACAUAUAAUUAGAACUACAAAUAGUUAAAACUACAAAGAUUUUGAACUACAAAGAAUUUGAACUACAAAGAAUUWGAACUACAAAGAAUUAGAACUACAAACAAUUUAAACUACAAAUAAUUAGAACUACAAAGACAAGGAGGAAACUAGUGUAAAUGUAUUGCACUCAAUGUGUAUAUAUGCUAGUAUAUAUUCAACUUGUCUGCCUCUUUAAUGAUGUAGGUAGAGUUUUAGCACAGACCAAUGUCUAAAUGAAAACUAUGUAGAAGAGCAGGCCAGGAGGGAGAAGUAGACUAAACUAGAGUGGAUUGAAAAGAUAUUGACGUCAAAAGUUCUCGAAAUGACCAACUGGAGAUGAUCUUUCACUAGUUUGCCUCUUUCCUAAUGUGAUGUUUUUGCACUUUAUUUUCUCCCCCCAUCCAGAGACUCUAAUGUGAUGUUUUUGCACUUUAUUUUCUCCCCCCAUCCAGAGACUCUAAUGUGGUGUUUUUGCACUUUAUUU